AUGCCUCACGCCGACUCCUCAUAUUUCUUCGGCUCGACCAAGGCCGAAGUCUUCCCCCAAGUUUUGGAUCAGGCGAAGGGCCUCGUCGCCGGACAGCGGAAUUGGGUUAGUAACCUCGCCAAUGUCUCCUCUCUCCUCUGGCAUGCCUACGCAACCCUCCCCUCGCCAUCCUCUUCCGUGAACUGGGCCGGUUUCUAUAUCCGCGAUGAUAAAUUCCCCACCCUCGCCUCCCCUGUACAAUCGCCGCCGCUCCUCGGUGGUCAAGUGACCAUCUCGACUACAUAUGCGUCCAUGGACGAGGAGCAGACCCUGCUGCUAGGUCCGUUCCACGGCAAGCCCGCUUGCCAGCUGAUUAAAUUUGGAAAGGGCGUGUGCGGCACCGCGGCUGCGAGGCAGGAGACCGUUGUUGUGCCCGACGUGAUGAAGUUUCCUGGACACAUUGCCUGCGAUGCGGAAAGCCGGAGCGAGAUCGUUGUCCCUAUCAUUGUGAACGGACAGACCGUCGCCAUCAUCGACAUCGAUUGCACCGAGCCCUCUGGCUUCGACGACGAGGAUAAGAAAUACCUCGAGGAAUUGGCCGAGAUGCUAGCUGAAAGCUGUGACUGGUAG